AUGCAUACCAUGUUCCAGGUGGCUUUCUUUUUGUUUGGAUGGCUAUUCUUUAUGAAGCAACUCUUCCGGGAUUAUGAAGUUCACAAACGAAUGGUACAAAUUAUUUUCUCAGUGACAUUUGCUCUUUCAUGUACCAUGUUCGAGCUGAUCAUUUUCGAAAUUAUUGGCUUUCUGGAACCAAGUUCACGUUUUUUGCACUGGAAAUUGGGCCUUUAUUCGAUUCUCUUCGUCCUAAUCGUUGCAUUACCUAUUUAUUUUUCCUAUUCCGUAUUCAUAUCAAUCGCAUUCUUGCGAAGGAAGUGGUUGUUGCCGUUAACUUUACUCUCCUGGAUUAUAUUUAUAUAUUUUUUCUGGAAAAUCGGAAUAUUUACAAUUGAGCAGGCAAUUUCACGUGUUGGCGUAAUUGGUGUUACAGUGAUGGCCGUGCUUUCUGGGUUUGGUGCUGUGAAUGCACCGUACUGUUACAUGACCAUAUUUAUGCGGCCAGUUGGACAGGAACAAAUAACGCAGAUGGAGCGUAAGCUGAUGCAUACGAUGGAGAUGAUUGUGGCGAAGAAACGGCGGCUCACACUAAAAUCCGAAAUAGUCCCGUUGGAGGAGCUCAGUCGUUAUCUUUUCCUGGAAGUCGUCGAACUGCGAAAUAUGCGGGAGCGUAUUGACUAUAGUAAAACCUGGGAAGGUCAAUAUUUCAAUGUUUUGGGCCAUUUUUUCUCACUUUAUUGUAUGUGGAAAAUUUUCAUUUGUACCGUAAAUAUUGUAUUCGAUCGAGUGGGCAAA